AUGUAUUUUGGAUUCGCCCUCUACUACCCGCCGCCGCGCGUCGUCAUUUAUCCUAUCGCAUUCGGUAACCUUCGUAUAUUUUCGUUUCGUAUCGGCACGGUAUUGUUAUAUAUCCCCACCCACACUAUCCCACUCGCGCUCCCACUCUCGGCAGUGCUACCCGCAAGAAGUACAUCUGUUGUCAAAGCAGAACUUGAAGUGUGGAAAGCAGUUGUGACUAUCACCUCCCCUACUCCAAAAUCUGCUUUGGAAUGCUUAGAUACGUGCAAUCAAAAAUUAUAUCCAAAUAUUGACACGUUGUUACAAAUAUUGCCUACCAUACCCGUUUCCACUGCUUCACCAGAAAGGACGUUUUCAAGCCUGCGGAGACUUAAAAACUACUUGCGAAACACAACGAGUAAAAACAGACUGAACUGCUUGGCUCUCAUGAAUAUUUACUAUGGGAUAGAAAUUGAUGUGAAUGAAAUAGUAUAUAGGAUAUAUUUAAAAUGA